AUGUUCGGCUUUGCCGCCGCCGCCGCCGCCGCCGCCGCCGAAAACGUCACCAUCUCCAACUUCCACUAUGUCGCCGUCAGUGGCUACCCACAGAUCUCCUUUGACCUAUCCGUCGAUAGCGAAAGCUGCGAAGCUGUCAACUACACUGUCCCUGGAUUUGGAUACCCAUGCGAUAAGAAGGCCGAGUGGACUUUUGAUGUGCUCAGUUUUGAUGUGAUUGCGAAUGGAGGUCGCCACAUUCGUCUCCACCACACCGUCGAAAAUGUUAAUUACACUGGUGACUUUGAUAUCCGUCUGACCGGUCCUAUUCCUACUGUACUUGAUCAAGUUGGCACCUCUACGGCUGAAAUGGAACCAACAUCAUAG